AUGAGUUCAAUUGAUGAAGAAUCAAUUGAAAGUUUAUAUUCGAAAUUAUGUCUUGAUUUAAAUAUGGAUAUGGAAACAAAAUUAGAUGCAUGGCGUUCCUAUGAACAUAUUCGUAAACAUUAUGUAUUAGAAGGUGAUCAAUUACAUUGGUUAGCUAUAUCAUUAUAUGUAUCAUGUCGUCGAUCAAAAUCUUUAACAACAAAUGAUAAUAAUAAUCCAAUAUCAAUAUCACGUUUAUUAAAAAGUGCUAAUAAUUUAGAAUUAAUUGUUUUUUUUGAUAAAUUACAUAAAUGGCAAGAUAUGGCUAAUUUACCUGAUCAAAUUCGUUCAAAAAUCGAUCAAGUUGAACAUGCAUUUAAUAUAUCAUCAAUAUUAUUUGAAAAAUAUACAAAAAUCUUUAUUGAAAUAUUUGGUGGAAAUCAAUAUAAAUUAAUUAAUUCCGAUUAUCAAUUAAAACGAACAUCAUAUCAAAUAAAUCCUAAAUUAAAUACAAAAACAAAAAUAAAUAAAUGUUCUCAUCAAGAUUUAUAUUCUCUUAUAUGGACAAUAUAUGCAUUAACAAAAACAAUUUAUCCAUCAACUAUAAAUGAUCUUAUUGCUUCAUAUCAUUUACUUAUUUCUUCUUUUUAUUUUAUUUAUCAUUAUGCUAAAUUAGCUAAUUUAGAUUAUUUACUUAAAGGUACUUGUUUAAAUAUAUUAUGUUCAAAUGAUGGAAAUAUAUUAGAAAAUCUAUGUGAAAUGUAUAAUUGUUCAUCUGAUAUAUGUCAAACAAUAAUUGAACAACAUUUUAAAAAUGAUUUAUUAAAACGUCUUAAUAAAAAAGAUGAUUUUUUAAAUGAAUUAAAUUAUAUUGAUACAAUACGUGAUAUAAAUCGUCAAUAUGAUGAAUUUGUUUUAACUAAUUGUAUUAUUGAUGAAAGAAUUUUUUUAGAAAAUAAUUUAAAAUUAAAUGAUUUAUUAAAUUGUUUAAAUGAAAAUCGGUAUUCAAAAUCUUAUCAAAAUCGAACACCAUUAACAGCAAAUAAACAUUUUACAUCAAAUGAUAAUCAAUCAAUAUCAUUUAAUCAAUAUUUAACACCUAUAUCACAAGCUAAUCAAUUAAUUCAAUUAUUAUAUUCAAUUGUUCAACAACAAUCAAACAAACCAAAUACUAAUCUUAUUUCAAUUAUUGGUCAACAAACAUUUCUAGUUAAUAUAAUAAAAAGUUUAGAUGAUUUGGUUGAACGUUUAAAUGAAUGUGAAUAUAUAUUUAAAAGUACAUAUGAUAUUAUUGAAAAUGUUAAUGUUAAUAAAGAAGAACAUCCAUCUCAAUCAUGUCAAUCACGUUUUGAUUUAUCAUUAAAAUUAUUUUAUAAUUCUAUUGAAAAUAUUUUAACUAUUGAAAAACAACGAUUAUCAAAUAAAAUUGAUUUACAACAAAUUCAACAAUCAUUUCAUAAAUUAAUAUUAAAUAAUGAAUUUAUUCGAUCUGUUCUUGGUUUAUGUAUAUUAUUAGUAUUAUAUGCACAUUCUGAUAAAUAUCAUGAUUUAAAUUGGAUAUUAAAUAUAUUUAAUUUAGAUGGAUAUUCAUUUAUUAAAAUAAUACAAAUUUAUUUAAAAACUUCUAAACAAAUAAGGAAAUCAAGAUCAUUUAUUAAAUAUUUAUCAUCAAUUGAAGAAAUAAUAUUAUCAUCAAUGGCUUUUUCAAAUAAAUCAUCUUUAUGGAAUGAUAUUAAAUCAAAAGGUAUUUUAUCAUAUAAACAAAUAUCAUCAAUUAAAUCAAAUAUUAAUAAUACAUUAUCACCAUCAAAUAAUUUAACUCCAUUAUUUAUUCAAUCACCUAAUCAAACAAAUGUAUCAAGAAAAUUAUUUCAAUCAAAUACUACAACAAAUCAAACAACUAAUAAUUUAUCAAUAAAUCGAAGUAAAUCGGAUUCGUUAGUUGAAAAAAGUGGUGAAAUAAAUGUUAAAUUAAGUCCAUAUAUAAUGUUUUAUCGUAAACUAUAUGAAUAUGUAUUAUCUCGUCUUGAUGUAAUAUGUUAUCGUUUAUAUGGAUCUCAAUCAAAUAAAUUUGAAAAAUUAGUUUGGAAUUUAUUUAUUUAUUUAUUUGAAAAUUAUACUGAUUUAUUAUUUCGUUCACGAGAAAUCGAUCAAAUAUUAUUAUCAUCUAUUUAUUAUCUUGCUAAUUCAAAUUUAUUUCGAAAUCAAUUUGAUAAACAAGAAUUAACAUGGUUUUAUUUAAUACAAGCAUAUAAAUCAUUACCUAAUUCGAAAUUAAAAACAGUUCGAAGUGUUUUUAUUCGUUCAAUUAAUAAAAAUGAUUUUAUUCAAUAUGAAGAUAAUAUUGAUAAAAAUCCAUGUUUAACACCAUCAAAACCAGCUGGAACAAUUCAUUUAAUUGAUGGAAAUAUAAUUGGUGAUAUAACUAGUUUUUAUAAAGAAAUUUAUCUUAAUAUUGAAAAUCUUGAAAUAAAUAUUGAAAAUUAUUUUAAAACAAAUCAAUUAAUUGAUCUUCCAUAUAGAAAUAAAACAUUUGAAAAUGUUGAAAGAGGACAUUUUAAUAUAAAUAUAUAUGAUAAUAUAUUUAUUAAUUAUUCAUCAAAUAAAAUUCAAUCAAAUUUAUAUUCUUAUUCAAAUAAUCAAUCUCAUUAUUUAACAACAGAUAUUAGAACAAAUCAAACAUCAAAUGUUUUAUCAUCAUCAAUUCAAGCAGGUGCAAAUAAUACAGUAAGAACAACUCGAACUCGAACAGAAGAUGGAAAAUUUUUAACAACAAUAUCAACAAUAUCAAAUAUAAAUAAUUCAAAUGAACUUCAAGAUAAUAUUCUUAUUAAUAGAUGUGAAAAAAAUCUUUUUUUUGGACAUCAAACAAAUAAUUCAAUCAAACGAUCACUUUCAGAUGAUUCAAAUUCAAAUUGUUUAACUAGUUUAACAAAAAAAGUUUUACAAAUUGAAAAAGAUCGACAAAAAACUGAACAAAUUUAA